AUGUGUCACUUAAUUACGCCACGCCUUACAAAGUCAAACCACUUUAUCUUCCUACCUCUCUGUAGUGAAAGGAGCACAGGUCUGACCCAGGAUCAGUCCAUUUGUGCUCUGCGCAAGCCGGUUCUGAGAGAUCCAGUCUCUACCAGCUGUGAAGACAGUUUUUGCUGCCAGUGUAUCAGCAAAUACUUGGACCAGUCUGGUUUAUCAGGAGACUCUCAUUGUCCUCAAUGUGGAGAGAGACUCGGAACACAGCUUAUUCGGCACCAACGCGAUAAGUUCAUCUUAACAUUGGAUGAUGUCCUGCAAGGAACUGUUGGUCAUCAUAAAACCAUCCUGAAAAGCAAGUAUAAGUACUUAUUUGAGAGCAUCUCACAGCAAGGAAAGCGAACUCUCCUCGACAGUGUUUACACACAGCUCUACAUCACAGAGGGAGAGAGUGAAGGGGUGAAUGAGGAACAUGAGGUUAUGAAGAUUGAGACAGCAUCCAGGGCACAAAUUACAGAAGACAUACCAAUCAACUGUAAUGACAUCUUCAAACCUUUGACUACACAAGGACCCAAUGGGGAGAGACAAGAAGAGGAGAUCAGAGCAGUCCUCACUAAGGGUAUUGCUGGCAUUGGGAAAACAGUCUCUGUGCAGAAGUUUAUUCUGGACUGGGCAGAUGGAAAAGCCAAUCAGGAUGUGGAUUUUUUGAUUGUGCUUCCUUUUCGGGAGCUGAACAUGGUUAAAGAUGACCAGUACAGUCUUCAUGGACUAGUGUUGGAGUUUCAGCCAGAACUGAGAGAACUGGACCCAAAGAAAUACGAUGAUUGUAAAAUGGUGUUCAUUUUUGAUGGUUUAGAUGAGUGUCGGUUUAAGUUGGAUUUUUCUCACAAGUUGUCUGAUGUGACCAUGUCAUCGUCAGUGGACAUACUAAUAUCAAACCUCAUCAAUGGAAAUCUUCUUCCUUCUGCACUCAUCUGGAUAACCUCGCGACCAGCAGCAGCCAAUCAGAUCCCCUCUCACUUCAUCAGCCGUGUGACAGAGGUACAAGGGUUCAGUGACUCACAGAAAGAGGAAUACUUCAGAAAAAGAGUCAGUGAUGAGAAUCUAGCCAGCAGAAUCAUCUCACACAUCAAAACAUCAAGGACCCUCCACAUCAUGUGCCACAUUCCAGUGUUCUGUUGGAUUUCAGCCACUGUGCUUCAGAAGAUGCUGAAUCAAGACAACGAUAAAGAGAUCCCAAAAACACUGACUGAAAUGUACAUACAUUUUCUUCUCAUUCAGACUAACACAAAGAAUCAGAAAUAUGAGGAGAAAUUGGAGAGCAACCCAAAGGAUCUUCUGGAGGCAAACAAAGAAAUCUUUCUGAAACUUGCUGAGCUGGCUUUCAAACAGUUGAUGAGGGGUAAUAUCAUGUUUUAUGAAGGGGAUCUAAAAGAAUGUGGCAUCGAUGUGAGCGAGGCCACCGUUUACUCUGGGAUUUGCACGGAGAUCUUUAAAGAGGAAGCUGUGCUUCACGAGAAGAGAGUCUAUUGCUUUGUUCAUCUGAGUGUUCAAGAGUUCUUUGCAGCUCUUUUUGUGUUUUACUGUUAUUUAUGCAAAAACAUGGAUGCACUGAAGUGCUUUCUUCAGAGGAACCCUACAGCUGAACCAGAGAAUGUUCCCUUGGACGUACUGCUGAAGAAAGCCAUGGAAAAAGCCUUAGAAAGUAAGAGUGGACACCUGGAUCUGUUCAUUCGCUUCCUUCAUGGUGUCUCACUGGAGUCCAACCAGAGCCUUCUUCAAGGCCUACUGACGCACACAGAGAACAACUCAGAGAGCAUGAAGAAAAUAGUUAAAAACCUCAAAGCAAUGAAAAAGACUAGCGUCAAUCCUGAAAGGUGGAUCAAUCUAUUGCACUGCUUGUUUGAGAUGAAUGAUAUUUCUGUUCAUCAGGAAAUUCAAGCUUUUCUCAAGUCAAAGAAAUAUACUACAAUGCUCUCACUUGCACACUGCACUGCACUGGUGUAUAUGCUGUUGAUGACAGAGGAAGUGCUGGAUGAGUUUGACCUGAAUAAAUACAACACAUCAGAGGAGGGUCGUAGGAGACUGAUUCCAGCUGUGAGGUGCUACAAAAAAGCUCUACUAGCAGGCUGUAACCUUACUGAACAGUCCUAUCAAACUGUAACCUCAGCUCUGCAGACAACUAACUCACCCCUGAGAGAGCUGGACCUAAGUAACAACGACUUAAAGGAUUCAGGAGUAAAGCUGCUUUCUGCUGGUCUAGAGAAUCCAAACUGUAAACUGGAGAUACUGAGGUUGUCCGGCUGUUUAGUCACAGAAAAAGGCUGUUCUUUUCUGGCUUCAGCCCUGUGCUCAAACCCAAAUCACCUGAGGGAGCUAGAUCUGAGCUACAAUCACCCGGGAGACUCUGGAGUGAAGCUCCUCUCAGCUAGACUGAAUGAUCCAUGCUGUAAACUGGAAACACUCAAGAUGACCCAUGGAGGAGAGAACAGACUCAAGUCAGGACUGAGGAAAUAUGCCUGUGAGCUCAUGUUGGACCCAAACACAGCGCAGAGAGAACUCUCUAUGUCUGAAGGAAACAGAAAAGUGACACGUGGAAAGGAGCAGCCAUAUCCUGAUCACCCAGACAGAUUUCUGGACAGGCAGCAGGUGCUGUGCCGAGAGGGUCUAACUGGACGCUGUUACUGGGAGGUUGAGUGGGAUGGAAGAGGUGCUGAUAUAGGAGUGACAUAUAGAGGAAUAAACAGAGCAGGAUGGAGCGAUGACUGUCUUCUUGGAAGGAACGAUAAGUCCUGGAGUCUCGAUUGUUACAGUAACGGUUACACAGCCCGGCACAGAAGUAGGAACACUCGUAUACCUGCCUCCUCAAAUCGCUCCCAUAGAAUAGGAGUGUAUCUGGACUGGGAAGCUGGCACUCUGUCCUUUUACAGUGUUUCUUCUGAUACACGCACCCUGACCCACAUACACACAUACCACUCCACAUUCACUGAACCUCUCUACCCAGGGUUUUGGGUUGGCUCCUCCCUGUCCCUGUGUUGA